UUGAUGAAAUAAAGUGCAAGAAUUAUUAACUAUGUCUCGCGCUAGUUUCGUAUUGUUUGUAAUGAUUGGAGUGCUUUGCAGCAUGACUGUCGCACAACAGCAGCAGUGCGGGAGAAAUCAAGAGUGGAACACUUGUGGAUCAGCAUGUCCACCAUCUUGUAACUCACAGCCUGAUCAAGUUUGCACAUUACAAUGCAUAAUAGGAUGCCAUUGUAAAAAUGGAUAUAUGCGAAAUUCUUUAGGAGAAUGUGUGCUCCCUUCGCAAUGUUAGAAAUUAAUUGUAUCAAUUAUAUGUACUUACUAAAGAGUUGACAACUUAUGUUUAACGCCAAUGAGAUUUUUACUAAACAUUUUAACUAAAAAUCAUGUCUGUCGAUAUGCCAACAAGUAUUAACAUAUAUUAGAUGCAAUACCACAUAAUUAUUAUUGCUUAUAUAAUUACUAAUC